CCUCGCUGGCCGUGAUGGUGCAUUUUCAAGCGUGUCCAUGAUAAUCUGUAUUUGCAGAUAUCCAUGGCUAUGUACCAAUAUGCAAUGCCAUAUUUUGAUACUCAUCGACUCAAUCACCGAGCUUUCAGUCUCCCGUAAAUAUAUGUGCACCUCUUCCUCCCCGUCUCAACGUAGCCUCCCCUCCAUCAGCACACAUUCCUUCUACAUCAACCUCGUUUCCGCCCCCCUCUUCCACAGCCACGCCUUCAACACUAUCCACACUAUCCACUAGCUGGGUCUCGGCGCUCCUGUAAUUCAGCGCCUAGUAACGUACCUCAGUCAACCUACAUGCAUGCAGCGCAUCAGACGUCCAGCAUCACGCGUGGCACCCAUUUUGGCGCUCAGCCCUAUAUUCCAUCAUCCGGUGCCUCUGAAUCUUUUCGGAAGGAGGGAGGGCACAACAGUGACACUGAGCGAGACCACUGCAAAGCUCAUUCGCGAUCUUUUGUUCAAUGCAUGCAUUCAGUACUCACUCAUAUACUCUUCCAGAUUUGUCCCCACCUUCCAGCGCUCACUCAUCUUCUACGUAUAUGGACCCCGCUGUACUCGCUCGACCAGCACGAGCGUGCCAUAUUUUGCAGGUACCAGCUGAGUAUAAUUACAUUGUCUCGCAUACUCACUUGUUGGCCACCCUUGUUCAAUUGUUCAUCCAUCACUAAUACUAUCAAUUAAAUCUCGUACAUUCUUCACGUAAGGGUGUCUGGAUUUUGUUUGUUCAGGGCUUGGAAGUCGUUCGAAAAUGAUAAUCUCGGUAAGUACAGGAUGUGGUAAGCGGCCACUCUCCGUGCACUUAUAACGUUUGCUUCGUGCAUUGAAAAUAUACCCACGCAUUGCUCUAACCAUGUUUCCCUCAGUUGAUGGUCGCUUUGUUAUCCU